AGUGCAGAACUUAGUGAAACUCAACUAGAAGAUCAAGUUAUUGCAUGUUUUGACAUCGGUGGGGAGAAACGACUUUGUUUGGCUCAGAUCAUUAGAAACAUACUUCCUAAUUUUUUCCUCAAUGAAAUAACGGCAGUGUUCACCAAAUUUUAUAUUCCCAGUGCUGUUUGUAGUAAUGCCCAACUGAACAUGUUGAAAGAAAAAGAUAUUAUACCAGCCAAUGUACUCCACUGUGGUCUAGUAACAAAAUCUGAUGCUCAAAGAUUUUGUAGUGUACUGUUGGGCAGUCGAAAACACCAAAAACAUGUUAAAUUUAACGACAAAGUAACCACUUUAGAAUAUAAAAAAUCAAAAUUAAUUCGAUUAACGUCAUUUAAAGUAAUUCACAAAUGUUUCGGUGGUUGUCAGGGAGUGUUUUACCAGAAAUUGUUUCACUCAGCACUGUCAGAAUGCAUAGAAUGUAGUGAAUGCAGGUACAUGUUCACCCCUCAAAAAUUUGUCACUCAUUUCCAUUCAACAGCUGAAUACAAACAAACAUGUCAUUGGGGCUUUGAUAGUGCCAACUGGAAACAUUAUUUGAAGCUG